AGAGGAACUGGAAUGAGAACCUGGCCUAGGAUGGAGGGGAUGGGGCUUUAGGAGCCCCCAUCCUGGGAGCGGGGUUGGGGGGUACUGGAGAGGAGACCCUGGGCAGGUAGUCAGGAAGUCUCUGAACCAGUUAAACCAGGGGACUGCUACUGGCCUGUCUGCCGGGGGUGGGGAGGGGGCAGUGGCCCUGCUGAUUGGUCAGGAGGCUGGAAGCUUUGUGAGGUCACUAGGCCUCCAGGCCAGGCUGGGCAGGAGUAUGGUGGAGAUGCUGCCAACUGCCGUUCUGCUGAUCUUGGCAGUAUCUGUGGUCGCCAAAGAUAACAGCACCUGUGAUGGACCAUGUGGGUUACGGUUCCGGCAGAACCCGAAAGGGGGGGUCCGCAUUGUUGGAGGGCAGCCUGCGGCCAGUGGGGCCUGGCCCUGGAUGGUUAGUGUCCAGUUCUUCAACGUCCGAAACAGCCGGAGGUACCACUCCUGUGGGGGCACGCUGCUGAACUCCCACUGGGUGCUGUCUGCUGCGCACUGCUUCAGUAAGAAAAGCAAAGUGUUCCAGUGGCGACUGGUUUUUGGAGCAAGGGAAGUGAUCUAUGGGAACAAUGUGCCUUUGAAGCCACCCGUGCAGGAGAGGUUUGUGGAGAAGAUCAUCAUCCAUGAGAAGUACACGUCUUCGCAAGAGCAAAACGACAUCGCGCUCGUUAAGAUCACCCCUCCUGUCCCCUGCGGUCCCUUCAUUGGACCAGGCUGUCUGCCCCGCUUCAAAGCAGGGCCCCCCACUGUCCCCCAGACCUGUUGGGUGGCUGGCUGGGGAUAUGUACGAGAGAAAGCCCCCAGGACAUCGCCUAUGCUGCGGGAAGCCCUUGUGAACCUCAUUGACCUCGAUUUAUGUAACUCGACUGAAUGGUACAAUGGGCGCAUUCACUCAACCCAUGUGUGCGCGGGGUAUCCUGAAGGCAACGUCGACACCUGCCAGGGGGACAGUGGCGGGCCACUCAUGUGCAAAGACAGCGUGGAAAACGUCUUCGUGGUCGUGGGAAUCACGAGCUGGGGAGUAGGCUGUGCCCGCGCCAAGCGUCCUGGUGUCUACACUUCUACCUGGUCAUACCUGGACUGGAUUGCUUCCAAGAUUGGUUCUAACGUCUUGCACACCAUUCAGCCUGGCACCCCUCUACCUUCUACUACUCAUUCAGCCCUUGCCCGGCCCCCCACUGCCCGGCCCCCCUCUGCUCACCCUCCUUGGUAUUACCAACGCCCUCCUCGACCUCCAUCUCCGAAUCGACCCCUACACGCACAAGUAAUCCAACCCCCAUCCCCUCCUCCACCUCUCCCUCCACCCCCACCUCCACCCCUCCCACCCCCACCUCCACCUCCCACUAGACCUCCCCAAGCACUUUCUUUUGCCAAGCGCCUACAGUUCCUCAUUGAGACCUUGAAGGGUAAGAGCUAUUACGACUGGGAUGAAACAGACACCUCUGAGCCCACCUCUUCUCCCUGA